AUGGCAACUUACUACAACAAGAACAAUGUUGAUGUUGAGAUUGGCAACAAUGGUCAGUUGUACCCCGGCAUGUCGGAAAAUCCUCAGAUGAGAUGGGCAUUUAUCCGUAAAGUUUAUUCUAUCCUUUGCAUACAGUUCCUUCUUACAUUUGGAGUUGCCUUGGCCAUGUUUCUAAUACAACCGGUUCGAACGUUCAUGCGUACUCCACCCGGGAUCAUCGUCUUCGUUGCUAUCUUGAUCGUGACCUUUAUACUUUGCAUGAUGAUGCAUUGCUUUAGCCAGAAACAUCCAUGGAACAUCAUCCUUUUAUUCCUCUUCACUUUGGCAAUGGCCUGUCUUGUUGGAGCUUCUUCUACUCUACGAAAAGGUGAAACUGUGCUACUGGCUGCCGGUCUAACGUUAGUCAUAACCAUCGGCCUCACUCUCUUCACAUUCAUUGCGGCCAAACGAGGCGCUGACUUUAGCUUUCUUGGGCCUUUCCUAUUCUGUGCUCUCUUGCUCCUUUUCGCCUUUGCUAUUAUUCGGAUUAUAUUUCCUAUGGGAAGAUUAGGGGAGCAAGUAAUUGGGUGCAUUGGGGCGCUCGUUUUCUCGGGUUUCAUAAUAUACGAUACGGAUAAUGUGAUCAAGCGGUUCACGUACGAUCAAUACAUUGAAGCUGCAGCUUGUCUCUUUCUUGAUAUAAUCAACCUUUUCAUGAGUCUUCUUGCUAUUUUGGCAAUGGCUGAUUUCCGCGACAAAAGAUUUGUCGACAUUGAGAUGGCGAACGGAGGAUUCUCGGGCGUGGAGGAUGAACUGAGAUGCGCCUUCAUCUGUAAAGUGUAUGCCUUACUGUGCGUGCAGCUGGUGAUGGUAUUUGGGGUUUCCUUGGCCAUGACUUUGGUUCACCCUGUGCGCAAGUUCAUGCUCACUGAUGCUGGCUACUACGUCCUCUUUGGAACCACGGUUUUCACCAUUAUAGUGUUCAUACUCAUGCUCUGCCUUCGUGAACUACAUCCCGUGAAUUACAUUCUUCUGUUCCUCUUCACUCUGGGAAUAGCUUUCACGACUGGGGCUGUUUGCUCACACCAGAAAGCUGAAACCGUUUUGCUGGCUGCCGGACUAACACUAGUUGCUUCUGUUGGUCUCACUCUAUUCACAUUUGUUGCCGCCAAACGAGGCUGGGACUUUAGCUUCUUGGGCCCCUUCUUGUUUUCUGCUCUUCUGUUGCUAUUAGCUUUCGGCCUCUUUAGGGUCUUUUUCCACACGGGGAAUUUAGUGAACCAGCUGAUGGGAGUUUUUGGGGCGCUCGUUUUCUGCGGAUACAUGGUUUACGACACGUUCAACUUGAUCAAGCGCUUUACUUAUGAUCAGUAUAUUGAAGCUGCUUUGUGUCUGUUCCUUGAUAUUAUCAAUCUCUUUCUGCAGCUGCUUGCACUUAUGGGUAGUGAUGAUAAGUGA